GAGAGACGAGGAAAGAGAAGAACACCUGAAGAAAACUGCCCGCAGAAAGAUGAUUUGUUGUUUCGCGCACCCCAGAAAGCUACGACUCUGUUGUCCCUGAUCUACAAGAGGACGGACAAGACAGACAAGACAGUAAAGGCAUUAAGUCUUCCAGAAUUGAGGAACAUGGACCAGACAUUCCUACGCACUGCCAUCAAUGAUGUCUUGCCUGACCUUUCAGAAGUUACUAAAGAUAUUUUAGAAGAACAUUUGCAGUCCCUUGGUGUGGAGACACAUGAGGACUUUACAUUUAUAGAGGAAGCUGACUUGCUGGUGGCAUUAAGGCCGAUUCAAGCCCGAAAAGCUCUUGCUGCUUGGAAACUGAGAUGCCAGAGCCCCGAAACCAGCAGCUCCUGUGUUGACAUUUCUCCAGGACCCCAAGCAUCUUUGAAGUCUGUGUCACCUAAAAGCUCCUCUUCCUCCUCCAGCUGUCGAAGCUCUGCUCCAGAUUGGAUCGAUACUUUUAUUAUUCCCUGGGAUAAAUUUCCAGAAGAGCUAAUGCAAUCACUGGAAAGAGAAAAACGACCCACUCCACGAUUGAGAAGAGAAAUGGUCCGGAUUGUGGUUAGCGAGAUGAUGCAAAAAAGUUCUCAUGUGAGUAAAAGGAACUCUACAGAAGUUGCUAAGCAAAUGGUAGCAAAAUAUCCCAAAUCUCUCCAGGACGUCAUCGAGGGAGAUGUGAUUGGAACGGGUUAUCACUCUCUUGUCAAGCAACUGCAAAAUAGAAUAGAGAAUGUGAGACGAUUCACAUCACCAAAGAUAAGAAAACGAAAAGCUCGCACUGAUGAGUCUGACUCAGAUGAGAUCUCUCCAGAACAAAGAGCAGAAAUGCAAGACACUUAUGGGUGCCUUAAGUGGGAUGUUAAAUUCCUACCACUUGGUGAGACUGCAGAAAGUCAGCACGAGAAGAAAGAAAAGAUGAAAAUGAUGACUAAAGAAACUGAUGCAAAUCCAGAAGAAAUCAAACAUCUGAUGAAGUCCACUUUCUACUCACAGCGUAAGAAAGUCAACCAGGGGGAAAAUAUAAAACAUCUCAUGGAAGAGUGGCCGUUUUUAUUUGAUGGAUGUGGCAUGGCAGUUCAUUUCAAAGAACUCACCGGAAUUGACCUUAAAGAAACUUUUACCAGGAAUUUGGACCUGAAGGGCAAGCGUCUCCUGAACUACAUGAACACUUACUGUGUCAAAAAGAGCAUGAAGUUCCUACAUGAUGUUACAAAGGUUAAACUGAUGCGAGGAGAACAGAGUGGUUGCUCUGAUGAUGUCAUAGAGAUGAUCCUUCUUUUACUUUCCUACUUUGAUGAGAGGGAAGACAAGAUGUUCUGUUAUGUGGAGGACACAUCCCUGGCAGGGGAAAUACAGAUUGAUGAAGUUCAUUUGAUGCCUACCAUUGUUGUGUGUGGACAAUCCUGCUUCUCCUCCAAACGGUUCAUGCUGAGUGUGGAUGGAACUAUUGUGCAAGAAAACAUCUCCUCCUUCUUAUCUGCGCUCUGCAUGAUGUUUGGAAGUUAUUAUUGUUUCAACAUCCACUAUCCCCUGGAGCUGGCAUCAACCCUGGAGUUUCUGCAGAGGUGCUUCUUCUCCAUUAACCCAGAGAAGGGCACCAAAGUGGAGAAGAAAAGCAAGUCUCGUCUUCAUGUAAACCCAAGAGUCCUUACGCUGAUCCAGGAACUUUCGGAUCAUGAGUGGCGGGAUGUCUGAAUGGACUGAACUCAGUAAGACUUAAGACAUGUAAUAUUUGUCUCACUCAGAUUGUUGUUUCAGUUCUUUCAUUUUAAGAGACAAAUAACUUUUUGACCUCACAUUUGUUACUUUGUACUGUUAGAGAACAGUUCUUUGUACACACAAACGCACACAAAAUGUGUUGAUACUGAAUAUUUUGGUUUCAGUGAUAUAUUGUGUAUCCACAUGCCUUAUUGAGUGUUUUUACAGGCAGGAUUGGCAAAACGGUUUUAAAUGCCAAUUGUUUAAACUUUUGGAAAGGCAUAAGUUAUUUGUACGCUCUUUACUACUUUGAGCAAAAAGGUUUUAAAAAUAUAUGUUAGUGGUCUGGUGUUAAAGUUUUACUUGAACUGGAUUCUAGGAAAUGAUAAGAUUUGGCUACUUUGUUUCUAGCUUGGUAAUUCUUUGUACACACAAUGUGGAUAAUGAAUAUUUUGGUUUCAGUUAUGUAUUGUUUAUCCACAUGCCUUAAUGAGAGUGUUUUUACAGGCAGAAUUGGCAAAACAGUUUUAA